AUGUGCUCAUCGACGAGUGUCUUCUGUGCUCUUUUGGAUUUGGGAGCUGAUCCAACGAAAAAAACUCUCAAGAAGAAAACUGCUGCUGAACUCGCCGAGCAGUUCAAACGUCACGACGUGUUGGCGAUUCUCGCUGAUAAAAGCCGCAUUAGGCACCAUGAUCGCAUAGCCGUAGGUGAUAUUCGGCAGUUGAUAGCUGAAAAUCAGCUGGAUAGCCCCGAAUUCUCACGCGGUAAGCAGACACCAUUAGCGGAAGGUGCGACGCCGUUGAUGUUAGGCGAUUGGUCGAUUUGCGAGUGGCAGACGGAACGAUAUGAGUCUCGUCAUGUCUCACGAGCUCUGCAAAUGGCAUCGCUUCUUAGGCUUGAUAGUAGCGCUCUUGUUCUGUUGAUAAACGAGGCUAGAACUGGUGAUCUCAAUGCGCUCAAUAUGUCUGCAUUCGACCUGUAUAUAACUAGUAGUGAGGAGCAUGAUCCCAACUUGAGGGCGAUGUUGCACAUCUAUCGACCGUCUCGGCUUGAAGGUAAACUGAAUCUGAGUGGAAGCACCACUACGCUGUCAAAAGUGCUGGCGACAGGACGGCCAAAGGAAUGGCUGUCACGAUUCUCAACUCAACUGGGUCUCUCAUCCGAAUCGCAAGCAGCGUCAAGUGUUAUGGACAUGCGGCAAUGGCGCGACUAUUGGGUACGGAACAGCGGCACGGACGGGCGAUUUUGGAAGAAACUAGUCACUGCCGAAGAGAUCUUACGAAUGACAAAGAACGCAACGCCACUCAAAACUAUCAGCUAUGAUACGGUAUUAGAUGCUGUGAAGAAGAUGGCGCAACAAUCACAGUCGUUUCUCGUAAGCUGCUUCUACGAUUCCUAUGUUGGUGAUGUGAAACGAGAAACCGAUAAUGAAAGUGACAGUUAUAAAUGGGAAUACUACGAUCGAGCUCAGAUGUACACAUCACAAUGC